CACUUAUAUGCUUUGAUAUCAGCAAAUCUAUCAGACAAGUUGAUCCCCACGCUGCGUUUUAGCACACACCUUUUCGUCCAUCGAAUCCUGGUAAACACCUGCUCGUAAUAGCUAUGGCCGCUGAAGAGAAACAGACAUCAGAGAUCAUUGCUAAGACGCAGGACACUUCGGCAAUUACGCCCGGCCAGAAGUUUAAAGGACACACGAGUCGUGUUUGGGGCGUCAUACACCUACCAGGCGGUCAACGGAUCCUCACUUGUUCAAGUGAUGGCUCACUGCGGGUUUGGGACUUGAAGAGCGGGGAACAGAUCGGUGAACGCUGGCGGGACGGAGUAAGCCCGGUGUACACCAUAGCGUUAUCUCCGGACGGCAAGACAGUAGUUAGUGGGAGUGAAGACGGUGCGGUAAGGUUGUGGAGUGUCGAGACUGGAAAGGUCAUCGCUAAAUGGACGGGGCACACACAGAGCGUGUGCUCUGUCUGCUGGAGUCAAGAUGGCCAGCGAGUGUUAAGCGGGUCUAAUGAUGGGACUGCAAGACAAUGGGAUGUGGAGAAGGGAGAAAUUAUCCUCUCACCAAUAGAGACAGGACACACCUACGUGGGCGCAGUUGUCUAUUCGCCAGACGCGUCCAUGAUCGCGACAGCUGGAUACCACGUCGCCGAGUCCCCGGUAAAGAUUUGGGACGCAAAGACAGGAAAGCUAGUCACGACCCUCGAAGGACACACACGUUCAGUGAAUUGCUUGGCUUGGGCCGCUGACGGAAAGACUCUUAUAUCCGGGUCAGUCGAUCACUCAAUUAGGACAUGGGAUACAGCCACCUGGCAGCAGACCGCAAUUUUGGAUGCGCACACCAGCUUUGUCCGUGCCAUUGCUAUCUCUCCAGAUGGCCGGAUCCUUGCAAGCGCAUCAUACGAUAGGACAGCGCAAUUGUGGAACCUCGACAAGGGCAAGCCCAUCAGUUCGCCCUUCAAGCAUGCGGAUAGAGUGACCUGCGUGGCAUUUUCGGCAGACGGAAAGCUGCUUGCUACUGGUUGCUAUGAUCACAACACGUAUACAUCAGAUGUGUCUGCUCUCCUUCAAGAAGAUGCUGGCCAAAACGAAUAGAUUUAAUUGUGAGUUGAAAGAGUCCUCACGUUUUCCCUACUUUUGCGCUCAUCCUUACAAUUUGAAAA